UCACCCCAUUUUCAGAGGUACUUCCAACAUCCGAGUAUACUUCUACUCUCACAGCAAUGGAGAGCCUCGGGGAGAUCUGGACUCAUGCGCUUUCCAGUAGUACAACUACUUGGAGGACCACCACCGACGAGCCGGAUAUGUCCACAACAACCACUACAACCACCACCACCGCCACAACUACAACAACUACAACAACAACAACAACUACUACUACUACUACUACUACUACUACUACUACUACUACUACUACCACCACAACCAACACAACUACACCAACCACUUCAACUGGACUGGAUGAGUGGCCUCCAUUGGCAGAAUUCACUUCGGCUCCACUAACGCCUUCUACAGACGUGUAUACAGAAAGCGUCGAGGGAACGUCGUCCGAUGGGUCGACCCCCACUAGCCUCACGGCUGCUGCUCUGUCUGACACAGCUGAUGCAACGGCGGCUUCGUCACCGACGAUAGCUCCCAAAUCUACUUUAACGGCUACUUUGACCACUCCUGGUCUUAACUAUCCAUCAACUUCCACUAUGAACUCAACCGA